AUGUCUCGUGCCAUCUCUUUGCAAACCCAUCAAUUCUUUCACCAGUUGUGCAUCAAAACUUACAUCAAUAUUGAAACUAACUUUCCAUCGAUUAUGGAAAACCAACAACCGGCCCCGCGUAGAGAACGUCCCUCGCGCCAUAAACCUCUUCGGACUAACGAAGCUUGGGAUAAGGUUGUCUGCACCAUUGAGGAUCUCAAGCUCCAGGGAAGCUUGAGGGGUGCCCAGACAAAAAGCGUUAUAGAAGCUGUCCAUGUGCUGAAGACGAUACAGACUUCAGCCAGACGCAAAAAGUACAAACGGUUCCUUUACAACGUCCUCCGAGAAUCAGGUCCCCAAGCGGUUUUAAUAUGCGCUGCGGCCCUUGGCCAAACCAAAGCUGCUGAUAUGAAAGAAUUGGAUCGUAAUCUCCUUGUUCGCCAAAUCCAGGGCUGCGAGGAUAUCAAUCAUUCUACUAUGCAAUCGCUUGCUAUCAGAUACCAAAUACCUCGCUCUGAGAGUGACGUGACAAGUGUGCCACCGCUGCCGCAAAAUGUGAUCCAGCGGCAUCGAAAGCGAAAAGGAGCUGUAACAAAACCCCCAGACUUGAUCGUACCCACAACUGAACCUCGCUGGGUGGAUGGAUCGCAAAAUCCCGAGACUAGAGACCUCGUCGUCACCAGCGGUCCCGCUCCCCACAAGCAGCAGCCCAAUCUAAGUUCCCAUUAUCAAGACGAGCGACCCCUUCCAGGAUCGCAGCAGAUUCUAGGUCCGUAUACUAUCCUUCAUGGGCUUCCAACGAUCGGUACUGGUCUUUCUCAUUCAUGGGUCGACACAUGGUUACAAACCUCCCCGAACCAUUUCGUACCGGAAUGGAAAUGA